AUGAAUAUGAGCGCACACCUUCUGCCCAGUCUCGGUCGCACCAAAAGCUCGAAUGACCGGAACCUGAGGCGCACCCUGGCGCUGAGAUGGACCUGUAUUACGUCGGAGGACUGGAUCGAGGUCUGUCGGCGUGGCCUGGUAGUUGUCGAUACAGUUCAAGCGGAAGCGGAACGUCUCCAUGACGGCACGGCUCGAUGCAUGCCGCCAGCACAGCCAAAGAAGCCGGACGUGUCCGCCGCCGCAAAGGAGCGCAACGAGUACAUUCCCUCUUUCAUCUCGAAGAAGCCCUUCUACGCUGUCGACGAGACUGGCGAAGACAACAGCGAUUACCUCGAGCAUCAACGUCUGCAGAAACAAGAGCAAGACUCGAAAUGGUACGACCGCGGGAAGAAGCUCGGCCCGGCAGCGACCAAGUUCCGUAAAGGCGCCUGCGAGAACUGCGGAGCCAUGACCCACAAGAAGAAGGACUGCUUGAGUAGGCCGCGGAAGCAGGGCGCCAAGUUCACCGGCAAGAAUAUCGAGGCCGAUGAGGUUAUCCAGGACGUACAGCUAGGCUUCGAUGCGAAGCGCGACCGCUGGAAUGGCUACGACAACUCCCAUUUUGAGGAGGUCAUCGAAGAGUACAAUGCAAUGGAGGACAUGCGCAAGAAGACCAAAGAGGCUGAAAGGGACGAGGGAAAGUCUGACGAGGAAGACGAGGGCGACAAGUACGACGCCGAGACAGACAUGGGGAGGAAGCAGGCCACAUCUACACGAAAUCUGCGGUUACGAGAGGACACAGCGAAAUACCUGCUCAAUCUUGACCUCGAUUCGGCAAAGUACGAUCCCAAGACACGAUCUAUGGUUGACAGCGGUGCAACUGCAGACGAUGCAGCCAAGCUGGUAGCAGAGGAGGGCUUCCAGCGUGCAUCAGGCGAUGCGGCAGAGUUUGAGAAGGCACAACGGUACGCCUGGGAAACACAGGAACGUGGAGACAAGAACAAGCUGCAUCUGCAGGCCAAUCCUACUUCCGGUGAGGUCAUGCGGAAGAAGGAAUUGUUAGAGGCGGAAGAGAUGGCGGCAGCCCGAAAGAAGGCUUUGGCGGAGAAGUACGGCACCCAGGAGAAGUUUACCGACGAUACACUACGCAAGACUGCUGUCACCGAGAACGAGAGAUAUGUCGAAUACGACGAGCGAGGAGGCAUCAAAGGAGCCCCAAAGGUCAAGGCAAAAUCAAAGUAUCCAGAAGAUAUACUGCUGAACAAUCACACAUCAGUCUGGGGCAGCUGGUGGUCAAAUUUCCAAUGGGGCUUUGCUUGCUGUCAUUCAGUGGUCAGGAACUCAUAUUGUACGGGCGACGCAGGCAAGGAGGCUUUUGAGUUGGCAGAUCGUAUGCGAACUGGCGCUGAACUAGACGAGGUGCCCAAGGCUGUGGCCUGGAAAGAGGACGAGGCUCUUGAAGCGCACGUGCCGAACGCGCCCAACCGCGACCAAACCGCGAGACAAGACGCUGCCAGUCGGAAGCGGGCUUUGGAUGAGAUGAUGGGUGGAGCAAACGAAGAUGAGAUGGAAGAGUAUAGGCGGAAACGGACAAUCGCCGCUGAUCCCAUGGCAGCGUAUCUCGCAAGGGGAGGCAGAGAGCAUCGACCGUCCAAAUGGCGCACUACGGAAGUUCGCGCAAUGUCGACAUGGGCAAGCUCUAACCUUGGGAUCAGGCAGGAGGCAGAGCUUGCCAUUAACAUCCGCAAAGCAACGAGUGUCGAGGAAAUCUCACCAAAGCGGAAGCACGUACGAGCAUGCAUUGUGUAUACAUGGGAUCACAAGAGCGCAGCCUCGUUCUGGCAGGGCAUGAAAGUCCAGCCAAUCCUCGCCGACGAAGUCCAGACGUUCAAGGCCCUCAUCACCGUUCACAAGGUCCUCCAAGAAGGCCAUCCUACUGCGCUCAGGGAAGCACAACAACACACUAGCUGGAUUGAGAGCUUGUCGCGGGGUUCAGCAGGUGGAGAGGGCAUGCGAGGCUACGCGCCGCUCAUCUCAGAGUACAUCUACUACCUGCUGGCUAAGCUGGCUUUCCACCGACAACAUCCAGAAUUCAAUGGUACGACAGCCCGCACCUUCGAAUACGAGGAAUACAUCAGCUUGAAGUCAAUCAAUGACCCCAACGAGGGAUACGAGACCAUUUCGGACUUGAUGACCCUGCAGGAUCAGAUCGAUGCCUUUCAAAAGCUCAUCUUUUCGCACUUUCGAAGCGGUGCGAACAACGAGUGUAGGAUAUCCGCACUGGUUCCGCUGGUGCAAGAGAGCUAUGGUAUCUACAAGUUCAUCACCAGCAUGCUUCGCGCUAUGCACACUACCCUUGGUGACGACGAGGCGCUCUCCCCCCUUCGCGGUCGAUACGACGCGCAGCACUACCGUCUGGUGAAAUUCUACUACGAGUGCUCGAAUCUCCGAUAUUUGACGAGUUUGAUUACAGUGCCUAAGCUGCCCCAAGAACCACCGAACCUGCUUUCUGAGGAUGAGAGUGCGCCAGCGCUUCCUACGAGACCAAGAAACGAAGAGCCGGCUCCGGCACCGCGCGCACCUUCAGUCGACCCUGAACCCAUCAACGAGUUCUGGAAGGACAAUCAGAAGAGACAACAAGAGGAAUACGAGGCGGAGCAGCGCAGGCUACAACAGCAAUGGGAAGAUGCUCAGCUCCAACAACAACAGCAGGCUGUCCAAGCACAGCGGGAUUUCGAGGAGCAACAGAGGCUGCAAGCCGAGCAGGCUCGUUUGGCACAAGAGCAACUUAUGCGCGAGCAAUAUCAGCAGCAGACACAAGGCCACCUCGCGGAGCUCGAGCGGGAGAACCUAAAUGCGCGUGCGCAGUAUGAGCGGGACCAGCUGAUGCUGCAGCAAUACGACCAGAGGAUGAAGGCUCUUGAGGGCGAGAUCAAUCAAAUGAAUCAGAACUUCCAGCAACAAAUGGGAUCGCGAGAUGAUCAGAUCCGGGCGCUUCAAGAACAGCUGAACACGUGGAGAUCGAAGUACGAGUCACUGGCCAAGCUCUAUUCGCAGCUGCGACACGAGCAUCUUCAACUGCUACAGAAGUUCAAGGCCGUUCAGCUCAAGGCAAAUUCUGCCCAAGAGGCUAUUGACGGGCGGGACAGGCUACAACGAGAGCUGAAGACGAAGAAUCUCGAGCUGGCCGACAUGAUCCGCGAGCGCGACCGAGCGCUUAUGGAGAAGGACCGAAGCACUGGCGGACAGCGCGAGGAAGUCGAGAAACUAAAGCGCGAGCUGCGUGCUGCUCUAGACCGAGCCGACAAUUCUGAACGCGGAAAGGGUUCUGAGCUUUCAGCGAUGCUGUCAAGGCAUAAUAGAGAAAUUGCGGAUCUCGAGGAAGCGUUGCGAAACAAAACUCGUGCUCUUGAUGACUUCCAGAUGAAGUAUCGCGAAGGGGAUUCAGAUCUUGAACGUCAGUUACGCGAAAAGGAAGAAGAGCUCGAGAUCUUCCGCGCAGGCAUGGAUCAGACACUGCUCGAAUUGAAUGAGCUCAAGCUGAACGCGAACGCAAAUGACAAUGUUCUAGAUGGACAUUUGGACACCCUUAUCCAGGAUAGCCUCCAGAAGAUCAACGACAUCAUCGACUCAGUCUUGCAAAGCGGUGUUCAGCGGGUUGAUGAUGCACUGUACGAGCUCGACUCUUCUAUGCAGGCCGGAAACCAGAACGCUACGGGUCCGUUCGUGCUUUCACAGAUCGAGAAGGCAUCGACAUGCACCAUGGAGUUCUCGACAGCGUUCAAUAACUUCAUCGCAGACGGGCCUAACGCCAAGCAUGCUGAAGUCAUUAAUGCUGUCAACAACUUCGGAGGUUCAAUUGUCGACGUGCUCGUAAACACCAAGGGACUCACUCGAUUUGCGUCGGACGAGAACAAGGCCGAUCAACUUAUCAAUGGCGCACGGGCGUCCGCAACAUCCACCAUCAGGUUCUUCCGCAACGUGCAAUCAGUGCGAAUGUACGAUCUUGAUGCCGAGCAGAAGAUCAACGUUGUCAUUAACAACAGCACUGAAGUUGUCCGCAACUUGCAGAGUCUAUCAAAGCUAGCGGACGCGUUUGCUCCCAAGAGCAAAAUCACCAACGCUUCCGGCGACCUCGGCGACUUGGUUGAUAGCGAAAUGACCAAGGCCGCCAACGCUAUCGAUGCUGCUACAGAGCGUCUAUCCAAGCUCAUGAAGAAGCCGCGGGACCAAUACUCCACCUAUGAGCUCCAGAUCCACGACUCAAUUCUGGAGGCGGCCAUCGCCGUCACAAACGCCAUUGCUCAACUCAUUAAAGCGGCCACCGUGUCGCAACAGGAAAUCGUACGCGAAGGCCGCGGCUCCAUGUCCAAGACUCAAUUCUACAAAAAGCACAACCGCUGGACCGAGGGCCUUAUCAGCGCCGCCAAAGCCGUCGCAAACUCCACGAAUAUGCUCAUCGAAACUGCCGACGGUGUGAUCUCCGGCCGCAACUCGCCUGAGCAGCUCAUCGUCGCGUCUAACGACGUCGCUGCGUCUACCGCUCAGCUGGUCGCGGCUAGUCGUGUGAAGGCCAGCUUCAUGAGCAAGACGCAAGAUCGAUUGGAGAGCGCGAGUAAGACCGUUACAGGGGCUUGUCGUGCGCUCGUCAGGCAAGUCCAGGAGAUCAUUGCGCAGAAAAACAGGGAUGAGGGCGAGGUUGUGGAUUAUAGCAAGUUGGGUGAUCAUGAGUUCAAGGUUCGGCAGAUGGAGCAGCAGGUUGAGAUUCUGCAGCUUGAGAACUCGCUGGCUCAGGCUAGGACGAGGCUGGGUGAGAUGCGGAAGCUUUCCUACCUUGAGGAAUAA